UCUCUCUCUCUCUCUCUUCAUCAAUGGCGUUUCUCUCCUCUUCUUCUUCAUCGUCUCCGGCGAUGCAGAAAGGAAUCUUUGUCUCAAUCCCCGUACUUGUACUCUCCGCUUCGUUCGCAGCUGCUGCCUUCUUCCUCCUCUCCUCUUCUUUCUCGUCUUCUUGCUCCUGUCCUCCUUCUAUACCUUCUCCCCUUAACAACGCCGUUGAAGCACCCGUCGGUGGAAGCGGCGUUGAUGUGAGGAUAUCUCCGACGAAAGAUGAUAUUGAGUGGGUUAGAGAUCUGAUUAGAUCCAACGGUUUGCAUAUGCAGAAGAAUGAGCUUCGGAAAGGGAUUAAUCCUCGCACUAGGGAUCAACAACUCAUAGAUCUGAAACAGUACAAGGGUAUAUCCCAUUACGAAGGAGAUGAAGCAAACAACCACACAGCUCUUCCGUGCCCUGGUGAGUUACUAGUUGAGCAGCAUCACAGCAACUAUGGUGAACCCUGGGCUGGUGGUCGUGACGUUUUUGAGUUCUUGGCUGAAUCUGCUAAGCUUAAACCAAACUCCCGUGUUCUUGAAAUUGGAUGUGGCACGUUGCGUGUCGGUCUGCAUUUUAUCCGCUAUCUUAGUCCCCAACAUUUUCACUGCCUUGAAAAGGAUGAGCUUUCGCUAAUGGCUGCUUUAAGAUAUGAGCUUCCAUCUCAAGGUCUUCUACAUAAACGACCUCUUAUAGUAAGAGGAGAUGAUAUGGAGUUCAGCAAGUUUGGUUCAGAUACAACCUAUGAUCUGAUAUACGCAAGUGCAGUCUUUCUCCACAUGCCUGAUAAACUCGUGUGGACUGGACUCGAGAGACUAGUAGAAAAGUUAAAGCCUUACGAUGGGAGAAUCUUCGUUUCACAUAACGUAAAGUUCUGUUCGCGGUUAGGAGGAGACAAGUGUGCGCAGAAGCUAGCAAGUUUAGGACUUGAGUAUCUUGGGAAACAAACACAUGAUAGCUUGCUGUUCAAUCACUACGAGAUCUGGUUCGGGUUUAGACGGUUCAAAACAUAAGCCAGUUGAAGUUUAUUUCUGAGUGUAUUGCAGUUUUCUCAAAACGCCAUUUCUCACCAUUGUCUGAGUAUUGGAUCAAGACUUAAAGGAGGUCUAGAAAUUGUUUUGGUGGACGAAAGGAAAGAGACAAAAGGAAAGAGAAUCUACAAAGGUUGUGCACUAGAAAGAUUGUUUUGUAUCAGUUAAUUUUUGUGUUUGUGGUAACAGAGAUUCAUGUAUUGUUUAUAUAGUAGCCAAAUGAUAUAAGAAAUGAGGCUAGAUUCUUUUGUUUGUAACCAAAGACAGAUAUUUUUCUUCGUAUUUCUAAAGUUAUUACCA